AUGUCUCAUCCAAUCCUGUCAGAAUUCGAUAUCGUUUUUGCUGGAGGUGGUGCUACAGCCUGUGUUGUUGCAGGUCGCUUAGCUGCAUGUGAUCCCUCGCUAAGGAUCUUGAUUCUGGAAGCGGGUCAACACACCCUCAACAAACCUAUUCAUGUACAACCCUACCAAUAUCCCUUUAACCAAGCACCGACGAGCACCACGGUCACGUUCAACAUUGGAAAUCCAUCUCCUCGUCUCAACGGCCGUGCACCAAUCGUUCCCUCCGGUCGUUGCGUUGGUGGAGGCUCGUGUGACUCUGAUAAUGAGACAGUCAUGGCAUACACUCGUGCACCUGCUUCAGACUAUGAUGAUUGGGGAGUCAAUGGCUGGGAAUCUGAAAAUUUGAUUCCUCUCAUGAAGAAGCUAGAGACAUAUGAAGUGCAGCCCGAUCAUCCAACUCACGGCAAUAAUGGACCUAUUAAGGUGUCCUCUGGUGGGUGUGAAAUAGGUGUCUCCGACGAGUUCAUUCAGGUUGGUACGACCUAUCACAAGAGGCACUAUGCCGACGACACCAAUGAUUUGGAAACAUGCAAUACAUAUAGUCCAUGGCGGAAGUACAUUGACGGGACAACCGGAAGGCGUUCGGACGCGGCUCACCACUAUGUCUACAACCAAGCUCACAACCCAAAUUUACAAGUCUGGGACGGAAAGCGCGUGAAGCGUGUUAUCUUUGAAGACAAGCGUGCUGUAGGUGUCGAGUUCACCAGUGACCCAGUAUCUUGUCCAGACGCGGAUCAGUCGUCGAGUAUUGCGAGAGCAUCGAAGCUCGUUGUUAUCUCUGGUGGAGCAUUCGGUUCCCCGACCAUUCUGGAGAGGUCUGGGAUCGGUGCCGAGGCGGUUCUCAAGCGAUGCGGUAUCCAGCAAUUGGUGAAUUUGCCUGGCGUCGGAGAAAAUUAUCGAGAUCACAAUAUCGUCUUUGUUCCAUACCUGGCUGCCGACGAGGCUGUUACCAUGGACGCUCUCUGGCGCGGGGAGAGUAUUCUACAGGAAAGUCUUGCACAAUGGAACAGCAGCGGAAAGUCAUUGAUUGCACAAAACGGCAUCGAUUCAACAAUCAAGUGGCGUCCUGAUGAUGAGGAAUUGAAAGCCAUGGAUCCAGUUUUUCAGCCACGCUGGAAGGAGUUCUUCCAGGACCGCCCAGACAAGGCUGUUGCAAUAUUUGGUGCUCUUGCGGGAUAUGGUCCACAACUCUCGAGGCCUCUCAUCCUUCCUCCUCGCAACUACAUGACCGCCGGCUAUUUUACACUUUACCCCGUGUCUGUUGGAAGCGUUCAUAUCAAUGUGACAGAGAACAACAAAGAAGGAAUGGACUUUACUACAGGCUUCCUAGAUGAUCCAUCCGAUAUUGUUCCUCUUGACUUCGGGUACAAAAAGACACGCGAAUUAUUUCGACGCAUGGCUUCCUAUCGAGGUGAAAUCACUGCUGGCCACCCUGAUUUCCCAGAGGGAAGCGCCGCAGCCUGCAGAGAAGCGUCCGGGCCGGUGGACAUGAAUGCACCUGACAUUGUCUACACUGCCGAAGAUGACGAGGCGAUCAGUCAAUUCCACCGCGACGUCGUGCAAACGGCAUGGCACUCGCUUGGGACGUGUGCCAUGAAACCAGAGGAGGAUCGAGGAGUCGUCGACGCUCGGCUAAAUGUAUAUGGUGUGUCAAACCUGAAGGUCGCAGAUAUGUCCAUUUCUCCAUUGAAUGUUGGCACGAACACGUAUUCGACGGCACUUCUCAUCGGAGAGCGGGCUGCAAUGAUCAUUGCAGAAGACUUGGGUAUCGAUUGCAUGGACCUGACUAGGGCCCAGUUUAAGUGAUUUCUCGUGUGUCACUACAUGCGCGUACUGAGCCGAGCUCAAUCUACCACAUGUUCCAUCCAAGUGUAUUUUAUCUCGUGAAACACCACACAAUCAUCCGUGUCUUCAGGAGCGAGUCACGGUACUUUAUUUCUUGUUUGUCAAAGUUUCAGUGGUCACAGGAAUGUAGAAACUCA